UUCAAAUGCAGGACAUUCUUACUGACUUCAACAAGGAACAAGAAAAAUUUGUGAAUGAAAAACACAACAAAAGGAAAGGUAACACUGAAACCAGUUGUCUGAAAUGCUGUAGGCAUCUACAGUGUGGAUUAAACUGAAAUGGCUUUAUUCUUUCCAGAGACUGGAGUUCCUCCGUGGGUGGGCUAUCACGAAGAAGAGAGCAUGAAAUCUCAAAUCCUCGCUCUGUCAUCAGUGAGUUGGUACCAUAUUAAUUAGGAUGCUUGUUUUAUUUGAUAUAGAUCUGUAAGAAUUAACAUCUAGUUGUGCUUUUUAGGGCCUGGUAACACUCAGAUAUUUUUUAAAAUAUUAUAAUCUCCCCUUCUUGAAUGGCAAAAAUCUUAACAGCCUCCCCCUUAAAAAUCAUGCAAAUUUUAUGCCCCCUUCCUCAACACUCAAACCGCACCUAGUGUGUGUUUCUAAAUGUUUCUAAAUUGACUUAAAUACAGCAUGCAUGGAUAUAGUAGGUCUAUUAAAAUCACAUUCACGAUUGUGUUUCUUUUUUGCAUGCUGUAUACAAUAGGAUGAAAGGAACUUUUUGCGUGACCCACCAUCGGGAGUGCAGUUUCAUUAUGACUAUGACAGUAUGUUCCCUGUAGCACUUGCCACACUUGAUGAAGAUCCAGAGCUGAAGAAGAUGAGAUUUAACUUAGUUCCUAAAAAGUAAGAUGAGAACAAUAUUUCAUCACAGAAAUACAAAUACAUUAAGAGAAGAAUCUUUUGUAUGCUACGUAAGACGCGCUCAAAACUAGGAAUCGGCCUUUCACUAUUUUGUUAAAUCUCCCCGAUAUGCUGUUCAAAGAUCUGUUCUUUUUUCUUCCGCCAUCCAAACAUUAGGGAACACUUGGUUAUCCAGCAGUAAUUUAGGCAAAUUAGAGCUGUCUUUAAUUGUAUGGCUCAAGGGAUCUCUCGCUUGACGCAAAUCGUAAACUUUUUCAGCUGUUCAAACAUAUUUUAUAAAAUCUGCUCGUUUUGUUUAUUAGCUAUGGAUGAUCUUUUUUUGUUUUUGUUGUGUGAAUGUGUGUGUCGAUGUGCUUUUUUAAUUCCUUCACAGACACAUUCAUAUUAUUGUAUUUAAUUCACCUUAGAGCUAGCCCAAGAUAAGCAACUAGUGCUUUUGGUUCAAACAUGCAGUUUAAAAAUAUGUUUAAAUAAAAAAAAAAACAAGCAAAAAACUGAUGAAUAUACUUUUGACUUGUACUUAUGACUAUAUUCAUAUUGUUUUAUUUUGUAUACGUUUCAUGUUUCAAAGUGGAGCUAUUCUGCUUCUUCAAAGAAUUUAAAAUGUUGUUCAUGUUUAUUUUUUUACUUCUGCGAGACUGUGGUUGCAUUUAAAAAUAGAACAGACAGAAAUAUAUAGAGCUACUUAAACGUUGAAUGCACACUUUGAUUUUUUUUCAUCAGAGUAAAGGAGACGACCUUCUGGCGGAAUUACUUUUAUCGUGUUUCCCUCAUCAAACAAUCCUCGCAGCUCACAUCUUUGGCAUCUGCAACUGGUAUGGAGAUCGAAUAACCAUUAAUAUGUCAGUCAGACAGUCAACAUUCAAUGUCAGAGUACAAUUGCAAAGUUUGGUAACUUUGGUUGCGAAAUGUUGUAAAAUGCGGAAAAUAUAGCUUUGCAAAGUUCGCAAAUUUUGUAUACUUUUGUAUUGCGUGCGGAAAUUGCUACCACAUACAAAAGUAUACAAAAUUUGCGAACUUUGCAAGCCUAUAUUUUCCGCAUUUUACAACAUUUCGCAACCAAACUGUGCAAUUUUACUCAUUUUAGUAUGCUCUUUCCGGGAAUAUACUUCUUUUGCGAAGAUAAAAAAUUAGUUUAUAAUGGGAAUUGUCUAUUGUAGACAUCCUUUCUGUUAUCUACUGUAGGAAAUACAAAUAGCACAGCUGAAAACCAGAAAGGAAAGGAGCAACCAAGCACUCAAUCGUCAGGUGGUAAGUCUUCUGUUUAGAUUCAUAGAUUGUUCACAAUAUAUCUUUUUUAUAUAGUACAAGUAAUUCUUUAUCCUAACAGGAUUUUUUCUUUCUAAAUUUAAACAUAGAUUCCAGCCAAACAAAACAACAGGAAAAAGAAGAUAAGUCUAAGACGCAGAACGUUGUAAGAUAUAACAUUUCUCUAAACUGAUCUUUAUUAAUUCUCUUUAGUCUUUACUGGCUUUAUUUUCUUGGUUAGAGUGAAGAUUUAGGAGAGAUGACUUUAUCCAGCAGUCCUCCACAAGACGAGUUCAUAAGUGACGCUUUUGAAGGAGCACAUGGUAAGACCUAACAAAAUUAUAACCUGUGGUUCCGGAUUCCUAAACGACCGGAGGUUUUUUUUCGGACCCGAAUGCUUUUUGAAUUUGGUUGGGUUGUGUGCUUGUACCCCUCGGCUUUCCUAGCAAUCUUACAACUUAUACCUUAUACUAUCUAGAGCUGAGUAAAGAAGACCUCGAACAGAUUGGUGUUGACAGGCUAAGUGGUAAAAGUGGAAAGAAGAAAACGUCAGGUCCUGUAUCCAACAAUGAAGCGGCAAGCUCCACCAGUGAAAACAAACAGCAAACCAGUGGCACUGCUGAAGGUGAUAUACCUGAUUGGGAACGAGAAUUACAAGAAGAAUUGCAGGUAUUCGAGCUAGCCGAAUCUGCAUGUUCGCCAUGACUACAGGGUGUCCUAAAACCCCCGAAAACUAUUGAAAUAAAUGUAUUGUUAGAAUUUAAACGCCUCGGCACUCUGCUGAACCCACACGUGCAUCAAAGCUUGACGUAAGUAAAUUUUAUGCAUAAAGAAACCGUUUAAUUAAGAAGCUGUUUUAAAUUCCCAAGAGCAGAAAAUCGUGCGUUUUACAAAUAUAUUUUAAUUUCUUAAUAAGUCAAUAAUAUGUUAAAGACCAUGUAAAGUCCGUAAUGUAAAUAAACGCUUUUGUUUACAUUUUGAACUCAGUGCUGGCAGCCGUAAAAUACAUUAGAUAUAUAUUAUACUGAAUUUUAACACUCUUCUUGGUUCGCCGCGUUGUAAAAUGAAUACAGACUAGAGAUUCAAUUCAAAAAGUUCAAAAAAGAUACGAAAUAUUAAAAUGGUUCCAACGGUCGGGUCCUUGUCGGUCCCGACCAUUGAAUGUAAAGCCCGCAGGUAUGCGCAGAAUACCUUUUGAUGGUCUUUAUAUAAAAUCUCCUUGUCAACAUUUUACGCAUCUUUGCAUUCAGCUUAGUGCUAGGGCAUUCAAAUUUUAACAAUACGUUAUUUCAAUGGUUUUGCCGGGGUUUUUUCGGACACCCUAGCUGUAUGUAAUUAAACCAACACACUUCUAUUGGUUGGUUGGGCGAAGAAAAAACAAUAAACACGUGACGAUGAACCGAGCAUUUUUUGCAUAAACCAAAGACAAAAACAUAAGAUAAUGAGGUAUAUUAUGUCUACAUCAAGUUCCCUAACCUUAUUCUAUUGACUAUGAUGUUUAAUGGAUUGUAGUUUAAUGGAUUUGCAUGUUAAAGUGCGACUAUGACCCCAAUUAUGAUUUUUUGUAAGUGUGAUAUUUGGGUCAUUCGAAGAAAUGUAAUAUAUGGAGGAUAUUACACGAAGAUAUGACUUUUUAUCUUCGAGUGGUGAAAACAAUAUUUUACGAACGAGCGCAGCAAGUGAGUAAAAUAUUGUUUUUAACACGAGAAGAUAGAAGUCAUAUUUUCAAGCCACCGUGUAAUGUUCUGUUUAUUAUAUAGUCCCAACUCCAAGCAAAAAAAAUUGUAUAAAUACUAAAAGUCACGUGAUCGAUAUCUUCACUAGUGAAGAUAUGGAAAAUAUGUCACUGUGUAUUUCUCAGUAUCUCACUCUCUACUAUAUGAUAAAUCUUUAUAAUAAAAAAAUUCCAUCUUGAUAAACUUUUUCAUGACUGUCAAAGUUUCCGGAUAUGAUGUAAUUAGGUGAAUUACAAAUUAGUACAAAUUAGUUUUCCUUUGUUGUUUUUUUUUACCAAAAAUUCAUCUAAUGACAUCAUAUCCGGAAACUUUGACAGUGAAAAAGUUGACCAAGAUGAGGUUUUUUACUAUAAAGAUAUAUUACAUUUCUUCUUAGAAUGACCCAAAUAUUACACUUACCAAAAAUUAUAUUUGGGGUUAGUCGCAAAAUUUGAAUACUGUAGAUAGACUAGACUUCGUAGAAUGGGAUGAUGUACAUGAAUAUUGUUUUAUUUUCUUAGGAAUAUGAUGUGGUUGUCAAUGAAGAAGAUGAUGAUGAUGAUGAUGAUGGGUCUUGGGAAAAAGAAAUUGAAGAUAUGUUAGAUGCUGAAGAAUCUUGAGUUAGAUAUAUAUUGUAUUUACUGCAGCACGAUGAUGUGUCCUGGGGAAGAUUGUACAGAGGCUGAAUAGCGCUAUCCAUUGGUUUUAGUGAUUUUUUUUUCAACCAUUGUAAAAAUGCUUUAAAACUAUAAAGCUACAUGUAUGGACCUCGCGAUUCAUAGAAAGGAAGUUGAAUUUAUAAAUAGUAAAGUUUAAUCUAGGUUAUACAAAGAAAUGGGCUUGGAAAACUGAUCACUAUCCAAGUAUUCUGCGCUAUCCGGCAUUCCUGCAACAGGCAACUGUAGAUGAGCGAAGUAUCUUAGGCCUCUAGCAUGUUAUAGAUGGUGGGCAUUUCUAUGUGCCGAAAAUGGUCAAUUUAGCUCGUCUGGUAAUUCAUCUAUGUGCAUAUCAACGCAUCAAACAACUAUAGACUUUUAAAUUAUUUACAAUUACAUUUUUUAAAACAGCAUUGUUGCCAGGGCAGUUUUAACAAAUAUACUGGGUAUACCAUUUGGUCCCUUAGACUGGGCCCUAAUACAGGGGAAAUUUUUAAUUGCCAUUUAUGGGUUUUUGAAUGCUUUUUAAAGAUUUACCAUGGUUAUUAUAAAUUUCCCAUAUGGUAAAAAUCAUGUGUAAUAUUUACCAUUAAUGGUGCUUUCCUGUGCGCAGGAAAAAACAAAGUAAAGUACCAUGCAUCAAUGGUAAAUAUUGCACUGUGUGAAACAUGAUUGGACUGAUGUGACAAAGGAAUAUUGCAUAUCCAUAUGCUAUUGUGCUUCUUGUUCCGACUCGUAGUUUCAGCUUGUCUGAAUGAAUAGUUUUAAAAUGCUGUGUUUUAUGUACUUUAUUGUAAAGAGUAAGUACAUCUUGAGUCUUAAGUUUGCGCAGAUCAAGUAGGCUGCAAUAACCAUUGGAUUAUUUGGAGUAUCACAACCUGAGGAAUACAGUUGAAUUGAUGAGCUUCGACUUGGAUAGAAUUACCAGAAAAUUUUCUAGGUAAUGUUUUCAUAGGAUGAUAGAAGCUUAUACAGUAUAUAUAAUUGUGGAGGGUUUUGUGGAAGGGAAAUUUCAAUUGUGAUUUUUAUAUGUUUACUAGACCUAACCGGGGGCAGUUGUGAAAAAUGCAACUAUUGGCCCCUCUGACAAGAGUUGACCCUGUAAUUCCAGUACAGCGCUCUAACCAACUGAGCUACAGAGUCCAGUUGUCAAUCUGUAACUGCAAGUUCGUGUAUAUAUAUAUAUAUAUAUAUAUAUAUAUAUAUAUAUACUACAGUGAUGCCAAUGUAAGGUGUAUGGGAAUUGUAGAAUGGUUUUUUCCAUGUUACUGCCUUAAGACACUCACAGCAAAUGCAUAUUUACGGUUGCAAUAUUUUAAUCAAACACAAAACAGUAUGCACUGAGUAACAAUUGAAAUGUAGAAAAUGAAAAAUUUUAACAAUUUAAGGAGUGUCUAUUGUUUUGUGUUUAAUUAAAAUACAUAUUUUCCAUUAUUUAAUUGAAAUAAAAAUCUGGUACAAGUUAUGAUAUCGUUUUUGAACAAUAAAUAAAUUGGAGUUACAUAUGUGCAUAUCAAUGAUAAGUCCCAGGGGGAGGUUGGGAUAUGUGGGAUCAUGCGGCCGCCCAGGCCUGCCUCUGACCUUCCCAUGAUGCACAAGGACCUGUAGAAGGGACAGCCAUGAUGACGACAGCAAAUAUCGGUCAAAUGCCUUGCUGUUGGGCACAGAAUAUUUGUCAAUUACAUAACAAGUUUUCAAAAUAGGUGUGGAUUUAAUUUUUUGAGCAGCAUAUUACUUGGGGUAUAUAUGAUGGCACUUGGUUCAAAUAUUGGGUGAAAAACAGCUAUCAGGUUUUGGAAGGUGGGGAGACAAAAAUCAGUGAAAUACCCCACUUAUACCCAACCACCCCCGGGCUUAACAUUGAUUGGCACAUUUAACAUCAUGGCAUAAAUAGUAAUGCAAUCACGUCUUGUUAGCACAUUUUGCUUUAGGUCGCAAAUAUAUUUCUACCCAAAUUAUAACACAUGUUCAUGCCUAUGUUGCCCAUUCUGCUCACAUAAUCUAAAUGCUUGGUUACCUUCAUUCCAUUCUGUACUGACAUCAGAACAGUGGUUAUUAUGAACAAGCUUUCGUUGGUGGGGAUGCAACUACCUGAAAAUAUAUAAGGAGAAUAUCGACGUUUCGAAUGAAGGCCUUUUGUCUGGAGUUACUAGUGGGUAGUAGCGAGUACUUACCUUGCUAGUAACUCCAGACAAAGGACCUUUGCUCGAAACGUUGAAAUUCUUCUUAUAUAUUUUCAGGUAGUUGCAUCCUCACCAACAAAAGCUUGUUCAUUUUAUUGGCAUUACCUACACUGGCAAAGACAGUCAUGGGCGUACGGGCAUAGUUCGAUUUGGGGGGGGGGGGGCACCGUAUAGUUUGGCCGAGCAGGCAAACUUAACACUAAUAUUUUUUGGGGGGGGAGGUCACCAAAAAAUUUUGCCGGACAUCAAAAAUUUUCCCUAACAUCAAAUAAUUUUCACAAACAUACAAAAAUUUUUUCUCUGCAUAUCAUAUUUUUUCUGAAAUUUUUAUGUUUUGCCCGAAUGUCGCAUUGAUUUUUGCCCGACCGCAGAAAUUUUCGGGGGGGGGGGGGCCCAUACGCCUACGAAGACAGUUCACGAUUAUAUCCCAGUGAUUAUUAGCAUUCUGAAUAUGUGGAUUGGGUUGCAACUGGCAUAAACAUAUGUUAGUCAGUUAGGUGUUAUGGUUAGAGAGUGGUAGCAAUGGAAUUAAUUUUUUCUACCAUUCCACAAGUGGAUGAGUAAUUUCAUAAGUAACAUGUAAUGCCCCUGUCGAACGAGAACAAGAGUUGCAUGAGAGUUGACUGGAUAUUACUGCAUGCACGGCAAAAACUCGAAUCAAAUCUCUGUCUCAUCAACAUUUGAAGCAGUUCAAAGUUGAUGAGAGUCAAUAACAUUGGUAGUCAAACGUGAGCAAGAGGUGCAACUCUCAUUAACUCUCAUUCUCGUUAGACCGAAGCUUAAGUAUGGUUCGUGAUGCAUGUUCUUACGACACAUCGCAGACGUUCUAAACUGUAAUGUAAUUACCAACCAUAAAGAAAAGUGCAAGUAUUCUGUAAUAUUGCUAUCAAGAUAUUGCAAUGACCACGAUGCUCGAAUACUGCGACAAUAUCAACAUUUUCAACGAAUCAGGAGGCACCGUGAGAUUUGAACCAAUCAACAUUCAAACAUCAAUUAGUAAGUUCGUACAAGGUGAGCGGCUUGACGUAGUGACAAUCUACAAACGAGCAAUGGGGGCACUCGAAGUGACGUGAAUAAUCUGAGAAAUACUGCUUCCCGUUUUCCGUACCUGCGACUGGCUUUCCGCACUUUCGACAUUCGAUUCGCCGAUCGCAGCAGGGCGCCGCCGCAAAGAUAUCGUACCAGUAAAGCGUGCCGAUCUGAUGGUGCGAACCGUCCCACUUUGUGUUGCAAAACUUGCACUUGACGGCUUGGGGCUUGCCCUGUAAGCAAUGCAUACAUACAGCAGUUAGGUAAAGGGUCCUUGACUGUAAGUCCAUCUCAAUGCAUCCUGAUGAGGUCAACUCCUUAGGUGACAAGAAGAAUGUGCCAUCUAACAGAGGAUAGUUUGCAAACACGGGUAGAUUUCUUUGGCAAAUCACACAAUUCACUGCAGUCUGACUGUUCGAGAAGAGAGCUUUCAAAAUAAACGACCUAGGGUCGUCGCUUUGAGUGAAAUCAUCGUCCAUCUUUAUGUGACAGGGGUUGAUUUUUUGCCUUGGUAGAAUUGUUAUCAUUGUUCCAAAAUCUGUUCGCCAUGGAAAGCUCGACGAAAUAGCCUGUUCUCCCUUUGGGGACGUCGGGAACUGGAAUACAUCCCUAGACCUCGAGUUUGUCCUUCGUCUGUUUGGCGAUUUAACACCAGGCGAGAAUUCGGGAGGCGAUUGACUCGACUUUCUUUGCUGCAUUUUAUUCGGUAUACCACCAGUCGAGUUGCAAUUGGGCGACACGGGUAACAAUGGCUUCUGAUUCUUGUUCUUUUUACGCUUCGAUUUGACUUGCUGAAAAUUAUCGCCCUCGUCUGAAGGUUUAUAAUCCAAAUCCUUUUUCAAAUGCCCCUUACCGCAAGCACAGGCACAGCAUUUGUAGAUUAAAUCGUAGCCCUUUUUCGUCCAUAUAUUCUGGCGUCGUUGCUUGUCAGACCAGCUUCUCGCCCGCCCAACGCUUCGAAGAUAUGCGAGUAUAUCUUCUUCGAACGCGUCUGCACAUUCGCCGUGCAUAAAGCCGCUCUUAUCGCAUUGUUCGUUAUUACAAACAAACCGAACCGAAUCCCAGGGAGUUAAGUCAGACGAGAUACAGCCUUUGGGGUAGCAGCAUUCGUGUCCGUUCGCAUCCUCGCCUACUAAAUCAUGACCGUUUUCGAUCGGCGAUUUCGGUGAUUUCGCUUCUUUGCCAGCCUCGUCGCCGUUAUAAAUGGCCGCUUUUGCCUUCUGUUUCUCUUCUCGUGUGAAAGGCAUUGUUAAACGUUCGUGAGUAAUCCCCAAAGCGUCGAUAUUCGCUUGUGAUGUGUUAAAAGUGACGUUUCGCCCUCAACAUGCGAACGAAAAUAAUUUAAAUUCUUUUGUCUGGUGACAUUUUGGUUGAAUACAGGGCGUGGCUCACGACAGCUGCCCAGGAAAUAUGGGC